GGCGUCAUGGGUAAUGAUAGUAUGCAAGGCAUUAUUCCAAGAAUUGUGCAAGAUAUCUUCAACUACAUCUAUGGUAUGGAUGAGAACCUUGAGUUUCAUAUCAAGGUUUCAUAUUUUGAAAUUUACAUGGACAAGAUCAGGGAUUUACUUGACGUAACCAAGACAAACUUAUCAGUUCAUGAAGACAAAAAUAGGGUUCCUUAUGUGAAGGGUUGCACUGAGAGGUUUGUGUCCAGCCCAGAAGAGGUCAUGGAUGUGAUCGAGGAAGGAAAGUCUAACAGACAUGUUGCUGUCACAAACAUGAAUGAGCACAGUUCUCGAAGUCACAGUGUGUUUCUGAUUCAUGUAAAACAGGAGAAUGUAGAAAAUGAAAAGAAAUUGCAUGGCAAGCUGUAUCUAGUGGAUUUGGCUGGUAGUGAAAAGGUCAGUAAAACAGGAGCUGAAGGGUCAGUCCUUGAUGAGGCUAAAAAUAUCAACAAGUCUCUAUCUGCACUGGGCAAUGUCAUUGCUGCUCUGGCUGAUGGAAAUAAAUCUCACGUCCCUUACCGAGACAGUAAAUUAACCAGAAUUCUACAAGAAAGUUUGGGCGGUAAUGCACGUACCACCAUGGUCAUCUGUUGCUCCCCGGCUUCAUACAAUGAGGUUGAAACAAAGUCAACACUUCUUUUUGGACAGCGAGCCAAGACAAUUAAGAAUGUUGUAACUGUCAAUGAGGAACUAACAGCAGAAGAAUGGAAGAGACGAUACGAGCGUGAGAAGGAGAAGAACAAUAAGAUGAAGUUGAUCAUUUUGAAACUGGAAGCAGAGUUGCAGUCAUGGAGAAAUGGCAAGACUGUGCCAAUAGAAGAGCAAGUUGAUGUUAAAACUGUUGCACUGGAAAGUGAGGCAGGCCAAGCUGGUCAGGCAGCCAAAGAAAAUGCUGUCAUGCAGUCCAGUUUCAUUGGCAUGGUCAGUGGUGGUAUCAGUGCAAUCCCAGAGGCUGAGAAGGCACAGUUUGAAGAAGAGAAGAUGAAAUUAUACCAGCAACUUGAUGACAAGGACGAUGAGAUCAACAGCCAGGGACAACUCAUUGAAAAACUAAGAGAACAGAUGUUGGAACAGGAGGAACUCAUUGCCAGCUGCCGAAAAGAUUAUGAGAAUUCACAGGCUGAGAUGGCUCGCAUCCAGGCGGACAAUGAGUCUGCCAAGGAAGAGGUGAAAGAGGUCCUGCAGGCUCUGGAGGAACUUGCUGUCAACUAUGACCAGAAGUCCCAGGAAGUGGAAAACAAGGCUAGAGAAAUUGAGAUGCUGACUGAGGAGAUCAACCAGAAAACGACAAAACUGAACAGCAUCCAGACUGAAUUAGAACUGUUACGUGACUCCUCCACACAUCAGAAGAAGAGGGUGGUAGAAAUGAUGUCUAGCCUGCUGAAGGACCUUGGAGACAUCGGCUCUGUCAUUGGAGGCAGUGCUGCUGAAAAUAAGCCUAACAGUGGUGCUGGGGAGAAGCUGGAAGAAGAGUUCACCAUAGCUCGCUUGUACAUCAGCAAGAUGAAGUCGGAGGUGAAGACUCUAGCUAACCGGGCUGCAAACCUGGAUGCUGCUCAGACUGAAAGCCAGAAGAAGCUGGAGGAUGCAAGCUCAGAGCUCUCAGAAUGCCAGCUGAAGAUCCAGCAGUAUGAAGCGAAAAUGGCUACCUUGACUGAAACAAUUAAAGAUGUAGAGCACAAAAGAAGACAGUUGGAGGAAAAUGUUGAUUCUCUUACUGAAGAAGUGGCAAGAUUUAAGGCCAGUGAAACGGUGCAUGCUACAGUCACCCAGAAGGUCCUGGAAACAUCCAACAAGCUGCAGUCUGAAAUUGAGAUGAAGGAAGCUCUGGAGAAACAGAUGCAAAGCCACAGGGAGCAACACCAGAAGCAACUUUCUGGUCUCAGAGAGGAAAUUGCUGAAAAGCAGACUCUUAUUGAUGAACUGAAAGACACAAACCAAAAGUUGACACUGGCUCUGGAAAAGAUGCAGAAGGACUUUGAUGCACUUAAGGCCGAGGAGGCUGAGAAGACAAACCGCUUGACAGAGCUGACCUUCCAGAUGGAGAAACGUGAACAAGCCAGGGAGGACCUGAAAGGCCUUGAGGAGACUGUGGCCAAAGAGCUACAGACUCUGCACAGUCUGAGAAGACUCUUUGUUCAGGAUCUUCAGAACAGGGUGAAAAAGGUUGCUGUCAAGAAAGAUGACGAGGAGGAUGAAGAUGCUGGUGGCCAUGUUGCCCAGAAGCAGAAGAUUUCUUUCUUGGAGAACAACCUUGAACAGCUAACAAAAGUUCACAAGCAGUUGGUGCGUGAUAAUGCCGACCUCCGCUGUGAGCUCCCUAAGCUGGAAAAGAGGCUGCGUGCUACUAUGGAAAGAGUCAAAUCUCUGGAAACAGCUUUGAAAGAAGCCAAAGAAGGCGCAAUGAGAGAUCGUAAAAGAUAUCAGAUGGAAGUAGAUAGAAUAAAGGAGGCUGUCAGACAGAGAAACCUUGCAAGACGAGGUCAUCAACCACAAAUCG